AAUACUGGUCUCUUCCUUUUCUGAAGAACAGUUGAACCGUUACGAGAUGUAUCGCCGGUCUGCUUUCCCCAAAGCUGCUAUUAAACGGCUGAUCCAGUCCAUCACUGGCACCUCUGUCUCUCAGAACGUGGUUAUCGCCAUGUCCGGCAUUUCCAAGGUCUUUGUCGGGGAGGUGGUGGAGGAAGCACUGGAUGUGUGCGAGAAGUGGGGGGAGCUGCCACCUCUGCAGCCCAAACACAUGCGAGAGGCGGUCAGGAGGCUCAAGUCACGAGGACAGAUCCCCAAUUCCAAAUAUAAAAAGAUCAUCUUCCACUGAUGUGUCCCAAGAGCAGCAAGAGAAGACAGAAGUUAAAACAAGCUUCCUCGUUGUGAACGUCACACCAGUUACAGCAGAGCUACGAGCCUGAAGCUCC